GUCAUGUGUGAUGAUCAGAGCUUCACAGUGAGCUGAGCUGCUGCCGACAUGGUUUCAAUCAAGUUCAUCCUGCUGACCUGUGUGGUCAUUGGACUCUUCGGUUCAGUUGCCUCAGACGACUCAGAUGAAGAUGACAACGACCUGACAGAAGACGAUGACAGCAAAGAGAACAAUACAAAAGAUCCACCCAGCACCAGCGAACCUGCAAACACUGUCCCCACCACACAAUCUGAAGUACCUGAGGACACUGUCCCCACCACACAAUCUGAAGAACCUGAGGACACUGUCCCCACAACACAAUCUGAAGUACCAGGAGACAAUACGUCCCUUGCAAAUUUCUUUGCCAACAGAAAUGAAAAAGUGGACAUGACACUGUCUCUGUGACCGACGUUGAGAUGUUUCACUCAUAACUACACUCUGAUGUCGACCUGUGUUCAUACUCAUGAGGUCAAACAGUAUUUGAAAAUAGCAGCAGGGAGUCAUGGAAGUUUUCACUGAACUUUCAAAUAAAUGAUAAAUAAAGACCCGAAGAGUUUGUGUCUCGUGUCAAAAUCCUUCUUUUCAAGAUAAAUAACCGAGAAACACAAGUUAGUUUGUCUUUUAGUUUAAGAUUCAAGUUAAAAUAAAUCCAACACAUCAACCAGGAAAGUCAAAAAUACAAAAAUAAGGCCGGCAGUGUUUAGCUCAACUUAGAACAGGUAAGUCCUGGUACCUGAACUCACCACCAGGGGAUUCAUGCAAUACUGGAGAUUUAAGAGUUUAUGGAUUUUGUCACAGCGCCACCUAAUAAAUUGAAAGCUGCAGUUUCAGGCCCACGCCUUUAGGUCCUCAUCUAAUUUUGUA